GCUUCAUUGUACGUACAGCCCUGGCAACUUGAGCAAAGCGGCUGCUUUAACCGACGCCAUAGCUGUGGUAAACAACAUGUGGACAACUCGGGGACGGCAAUCGGCCACCAGUCUUGCCUUGCAAGCUUCUCGUCGCUUGGCGAGAGACAGUCGAGCUGUCGGAGCUCCGUGGCGAAGAUCUUAUGCCAGUAAUGGCAACCAGGGAACUUCUUUGCAUUGGUUCCGGAACUCACUGUGCGUGGCUGCCUUGGGAACCGCUGCGUAUUUGGGCUACGAAUAUACUAGCUCCAAUCGCAAUGACAUCGAAUCCCCAGUAGAGCACGUGAAAGACCUCACAAACGCCACCGAAGACUUCGGCUCGCAAUUCGCGCAGAAGAAACGAAGUGUUAAAAGUCCCGGUGUCUAUGUCUGGGGCACAAAUGCCUACAAAGUUGUUGAUCCGAGAUCGAAAGACGCUGUCGUCAAAACUCCUCGGAGACUUGCUUACUUCGAUGGCCAGGUGCUAAGAGACCUCAAGCUUGGCGAGAAGUCCGGCGCUGCCAUCACUGAGAACGGCGACUUGGUGCAAUGGGGCAAGGGCUAUUCAGAAACCGACUACAAGCCUACUCCAACCCUGACUGGCAAGAACCUUACCUCGCUCUGCAUGUCCAAUGAUCGCCUCAUCGCGCUAGCAUCGGACGGCUCUGUCUAUUCACUUCCCAUCGCUAAGGAAGACCAGCUGGCAGGCCACAAACCCAGCGAGGGGUCCUGGAUGCCUUUCUGGUCCGGAUCGGCCAGUGUGAGCUAUCGUAAGCUGCAGCCUAGCUUGAAGAUGGGCGAAAGAGUCGCGGCGAUCAGCGGUGGAAUCGAUCAUGCCCUACUACUUACAAGCUCGGGUCGCGUCUUCUCGGUUGCGUCUUCAUCGGAGAACUAUCCAUCUUUCGGUCAACUCGGCGUACCGGGGCUGAAGUGGGCGACUCGACCUAAGGGACCGGUGGACAUGUGCCACGAAGUCAGCACCCUGAAGGGAUCCAAGAUCAUCCAGAUCGCGGCCGGCGACUACCACUCUCUGGCCCUUGACGAUAAAGGAAAUGUGUAUGCCUUUGGUGACAACUCUUUCGGCCAAUUGGGAAUGGAAUUUGACCCGUCAUUCCCCUUCUGCGACAGGCCCAUCAUGAUGCCUAUCAGGAGACUCUAUCGGGGCGCAUACCUCCCCAAGGCCACUCGAAUUGCUGCUGGAGGAGCUAAUAGCUUCGUUGCUGUGGAUGCACAAAGAGUGUUGGGCUCAAACGAAAAUCCUUCCAAUGUUCGCGACCUGGGCCGUGUCACGGUCGAUGUCUGGACAUGCGGGCGGGGAAUCUGGGGUGCUCUGGGUACUGGAAAAUGGACUCAUAUCCAGGAUUCCCUUACGAAGGUAAAAUCCUUGAGUGGACUUUUUGAAUACGAUGAGCGCUUGAAUGGGCUUGCGCCCAUCCGCAUGCGCGAUAUUUCCGUAGGUACAACACACGUCUCGGCAGUAAUGGACAACAAAACGCAGAUGGAUGCCGCUACUACGAAUUCCUUGGAUGAAACGAAUGCCUGGGGCUACGAUGUCCUAUGGUGGGGAGGCAACGAGCACUUCCAACUCGGCACCGGCAGGCGUAGCAACUCGUCCAAGCCGAUUUACAUCAAUGCACCUGCUGAGGGUAAGCGUGAAGCUGAUAAGCAGGAUGCACGGCUUCAGAUAAUGCCUCGUCACAAGGGCAAGGUCGGGAGUCGGACGGUGAACAUGGAACAACGGGUGGAGUGUGGGCGACACAUUUCGGCGAUAUAUUCUGGGGUAUGAAUUGCUGGUUUUUACAAUGUAUGAUAAAAAUAAGGGAAUUGGCAAAAAUAGCGGUCAUGUAUAUUACUAUGCAGAUUUUCUGUGGAAUUUGGUUUGGGAAAAGCAAGUCUCAGCUUGAAGCUAU